UCUAGUAUGACGUCUACCACCUCUCUCUAACCUCUCUCUUACAUCCUCACUAUCCUGUAUGUGCACAAUAACUUACUCCUGAUAUCACAACGUCUGCUGUAAUCUCACUCUGUUUUGGGAUGGAGAGUUAAUGUUUUGCACUCAUCCUCCUGUUUAUGGGCACAUCCUCACUAUGCUGAAUUUGUUUAUGUAUAUCUUUUGGUGCACUUUAUGUUCUAUUGUUUUUUAUAUUUGGAGUCUCAGAGCUAUAUUUAGGAGAUAACUCUCGUUGUGCUGAGUUUUUUUCUCCUGUAUAUUUGUUUCCAAUUUCACAGUUAUGUUUCUUCUCUUUUAGGAGUGCAAGGUGAAAUGGUGCUGGUGAAUGACACAGUUUCGGGGUACAUUGGUACCGACAUCAUCCUCCAUUGUAGCUUUGUUAACCCUCUACCAAGUGUAAAAAUCACUCAGGUCACUUGGCAGAAAUACACUAACGGCUCCAAGCAGAAUGUUGCUAUUUAUAACCCAAAUAUGGGAAUGUCCUACCUACCCCCUUACAGGGGACGAGUAAAGUUUCAAAGCCCCUCAUAUCGGGAUGGUACCAUCCUUCUGAGUCAGUUACAACUGGAGGAUGAAGGAGCAUACAUCUGUGAAUUUGCAACCUUCCCCACAGGGAACAGGGAAAGUCAACUCAACCUCACAGUUUUAGCUAAACCAAGAAAUCAUAUGGAUGAGACUACGAAGCCACUGGUUGCAGUGCCUGCGUCAAAUGCAAAGGUUGUUGUAGCUACCUGUACAUCAGCCAAUGGGAAACCUUCAAGCAGCUUGAGCUGGGAGACAAAACUAAAGGGGGAAUCAGUGUUCCAGGAGCUAAAAAACGAUAACGGGACUGUCACUGUGAUAAGCCAAUAUCUUCUGGUUCCAAACCGAGAGGCCCACCGCCAGUCACUAACCUGUGUCAUCAACUACCAGACAGAAAGGGAUGCCAAGACCAUGACACUGAAUGUGCAAUAUGAACCUCAGGUUUCCAUUGAAGGUUUUGAUGGGAACUGGUAUGUGAAAAGGGCUGAUGUAAAGCUGACCUGCUUAGCAGAUGCCAACCCUCUUCCUUCUUCGUACCAGUGGAGAAUGGCAAAUGGUUCUCUACCAGAUGGCACAGAGAUAGUAAACAACACUCUGCUAUUCAGAGGACCAGUCACUUACAGUCUGUCUGGGACAUACAUCUGUGAGGCCAAAAAUGCUAUAGGAAGUCAAACGGGUCAAGUGGAGGUAAAUGUGACAGAAUUCCCUUUCACCCCGACUCCUCCAGGGCAGCAUGAGCGGAGCGCAACCUCCAUGUUCUCAAUGGCAGUGAUCGGGGGCAUAGUGGGAGGAGUCGUGUUCCUUGUGAUCGUUUCAGUCAUCAUUUUUCUGUUGGUGAGGAGAAGGCAUCACACCUUCAAGGGGGACUACAACACCAAGAAGCAUGUCUAUGGUAAUGGAUACAGCAAAGCGGGAGUGGCACAGCACCCACCCAUGGCCCAGAGUCUGCAGUACCCAGAGGAUUCUGAUGAUGAGAAAAAGCCAGGUCCAAUAGGGAGCAGCAGUUAUGAAGAGGAGGAUGAUGAGGGACUAGAGGGGCGCAAGUUGGGUCCUAAAUAUGAUGAUGAAUCAAAACGCCCAUAUUUUACAGUGGAAGAGGGGGACAGGCGUGGCUACGGUGAGGAUAGAACGCUAGGGUACCAGUAUGAGCCAGAGGAUCUGCCUGACAACUUGGUGCCACAAAAUGAUGGGUCCUUCAUUUCGAAGAAGGAGUGGUAUGUGUGAGAGGGGUGUAAUGGACCCACAGACACAUGCAGAUGGACGCACAUUCAUGCCCUAACCCCUGAGCUGGGGAGAGACCUAAGGCAGGGACAAGGGGGAGUGAUGAUUACAUGAUCAGAGCUUACUUUUGUAUUUGGAUAUAUAUGAAUAUAAUCUUAUCGUUUUAUAUGAAUCACAAUAGCAGGGCCCAUGAAACCAGGAGAGAUUGCAGGCACAUGUAUAUCCAACAUUCCUAUAUACUGGUUCACAACAUGACAUCUAGUAUACUAACACAGAAUUGUGCUAUGCAGUUCUGCGGAGCUAUGCUGUGAUACAUACACAAAAAAAUGCAGAAUACCCUUACUUAUGGUGUUUAUAACACUAUUAUUUGUUCAUAACAGCAUGCAAUAACACUCAGCAAUGCACUUGUUUAGAAACCAGUAGUGUAAUACAUCAUAGCACAGUUAAACGCACAUAUGGCAGCACUAGAAUAUAGGAUACACAAACAUCAGGGUUACUGAUAUAUGCACUGCAUUGAGACAUACAGAUGCAUAUCUCUCAAAACACACUUCAAAGCAAAGAGAGAUGUUGUGGUUCCCGUCUAUGCCAACUUACACCCCAUGCACCAUCAUCUUACACGCACGUGCACGCACACAUGUAUGCUGCCUUCCUCCAUUCCUUGUCCCAAAACACUGGAAUUUCUUGUCCUGGAAUUAUUUUUAUUUUUUUCUUUAUUGUUGGUCUAAUUUUUGCCUGUGAAGAUUUUGUGCAUUCCAAGGAUAUAAGAAAGAGACUACUUUGCUUCCACUACACAGUUAAUGGACUAGAGACACUGGUAGUGCAAAGGGCAGUUUAUUACUGGUCUGUGGGUUUACAUUAUAUAUAUAUAUAUAUUGUGCAUCUCUCGUCAUGUCUGGAUCACAAUGGAUGUUUUUUAUCAAGGACUUUGCACAUAAAGAUUGUUCCCCUCCUUAUCUGCAACCAAGUGACACUGCACUUACAGAAAGCAACCUAACAACUAUCUCCCUAACACAGGGAUACAUAAUGCACAUCAUCGUAGAUGGCUCUACAGCAACAGUUGUUAAAAUAUCACCAAGAAAUCUAAAAAGGGAGGUGCAAGCCCAGCUGAUGCUGACUGUGGGAGCAUCAUUUCUAAGCCGCUGCAUUGUCUCAUCUACUGAAACCUGCUAACUUACCCAUUCUAUGGAAACUUUUUGCAAUGCUGCUGCUUUACAAAGACACCAUCCUGUCUGGCUUAUGUUCUACUCUAUAGAAAACAAAAUAAGAGAUGGAAAAUCUAUGUGGCCUCAAAUCUGAGAUGAGAAUGCAAUCUGUUCCCAGUAAAGCCUUAAGGAUAUUCAGCAACUCACAUUCUCUUAUUACGGCAAAUAACUGGUGUACAGGGCACUAUUCCUCUGCACUGUAAAUGUGUUGGACUUGUGUAAUAUAGCUGACUGGACAUCCCUGGGGCACCUUAUCCAGAUUACUAGUUACUGGAGGAGACAUUUGUUAUAUAUUCUCUGUCUAUAUUGUGCUAUAUUGACUGACACAGGUUUCUCCACAAGCUACCCUCCAUGAUGCCAUGAUUCCUAAGCUGUCCUUAGAGAUGACUUGUGAUGGAGCUUAUUUUAGUAAAUAUAGCCCAUAGCAGAUCCUGAGCAGUGAAAAAACUCACACCAUGUAUUUGCACACACACAACAGUGAUUAUGUGUAUACACAUCAUUAGAACAUCAUACAUAUCGAACACUACAGAUCAGUGCACUCUUGUUGUACAAUAUAAAUCUCAAUGGCUUUAUACAUGUCCUCCUGCAGGUAAUAGCUGUCUAACAUGCAAUAAUCCCUUACUGAAUAUUGAUAAGCUAAUUUAUCUAGCAGGUAGUUAGAUACAUUCAGCAGGGCUCUGGCAAGGUUAAGUGCAGCUUGGACUGGAAACCAUAAAAGGAGAAAAAAUGAUGCCAAGAAUUGUAAUAAGGAUACAUUUCAUUGGGUAUCUGUGCCAGUACCCAUAAUGAACUGUUCCUAUUAUAUUACUGGCUGUUAUAGAGAACUAGACUGGAGCAUGAAGACUCAGCACCUCUGAACAUGAAUGAAGGUAAUCAUCAUUCCUAAAACGUACAUUACAGGGGAAAGACCCACAUCUCUGUAUCCCAGUGUACAAAGCCGCAACAGGACAUAUAGAGAUAGCAUACCCAAGUCUUAAUGAUGGGACAGAGCACUUUCAGAUCUGAAUUUGGCCUUGUAGCAUCACAAAAUCACUCUGUGAAGGCAGUGGCAUGGAGAACAAAUCUGAGCAAAGAGAGUCAAUGCUCCAUAUAAGCAUAGAACCACAAACUAUAUUCUGAGUCUAGGGUGGCUGUGUCCCACAAAUCAGAGCAGCAUACUAAAUAUAAAUUUUGGGAGGCAGUGGUCCCCAAUAUAAGUAAAGAACAUUAAUAACCCUAAAAGUCUACAGCUGCAUAGUAUAUGAUCAUAUAGAGGAGCAGCCCCAAAUCUGAAUGUAGAUAACUAGUCCUAAAUUUAAGCACAGAGACCAAGUAACUAUGAACCUAAAUAUACCCAGAUCUCAUAUUAGAGGGUCAACACCACAUAAUUAAUCAUUCUUACUAAAAUAAUAAUUAUUUAAGUUGACAAUUUUUGACUAUGGAUCUUAAGUCACCAACUGAAUUAUCCCAUAAAGACCUGUUAUAGACUGUGUGUAGAAUUACUGCAAAACAUAUCUAUGUGUGCAAUACAGUCACACACUGCCAUAUAUAUAUCUUACUGCCAUACAUAUUCCCAUGUGUGCACUGCAAUUCACAAACCUCACAGUGUAAAUGUAUCGCUGUAUAUGUUACUUGUGUGUGCUGUACACACUGCCAUCAUUAUUACUGUCUAUGUGUGUGGGUAUACAUAUUCCUGUAUGCGUGUGCAACCAUACAUGUUACAGUGUGUGCCAAAUCUAAACGUUCUUCAAAUGGAGUUGACUUAUAUUACCAAAUUUGCUUGAAAUCCAAUACGGUACGUGUUUUUUGAAUUGUGCAAAUAUACAAACAUUGAAUAUUACACAUUUAAUUCAUAUGUCACAGUACAAAUGAAAUAUUAUUAGUACAUUUGAAGACAAGACAGAUAUAUAUGUAUAUAACAGAAAUAAUAAUGUAUAAAAAUGACAAGUUCUCGAUUAUGUGUAUACAUUUGGAUUUCCCUUAUAUAACUCCAGUAGAAUAAAUAGCUGUGGGGGGGGGGGGCCCCUAUUCUAGUUGAAAAAUAUAUUUUUUUCUAAAAAAAUCUUUAUGAAAAACUGUAUGUGGAUUUUUUGGUACCUUUUUGGUUUAUACGUUUUUCAACUGGAAUAGGAUCAACCUCAAGUAAGGAACGCUCAGGUCUCUUUGUGGAAGCAUUUUUUUAUCCUCUUUUUGGGAUGGAGGUGAGUAUAAGAGCUAUUGGAUUGUCUGCUUAAUAUAGUGCUGUAACAUUGUAAAGGAUCCCUCACCCGAGUGCCGUGUUUCUGACAUACUUUUGUCUACGUAUUGUUUGUUGAGGAAGUGAUCACCCAUUUGUUGGGUUGGUUUUAAUUUUGGGUAUUGUACAAAUUUAAUGGCAACUGUUUAAAAAUGAUGUAACUUUUAUAAAAUAAAGAAUUAUAAAAUAUA